CCGCCCACAGCCCCGCCGGGCAGCACCGGACAGCGCCGACAGCCCCGCGGCGGCAGCGGGCAGCACCGGACAGCGCCGGGAAGGCUCCCCUCUCAGUGACAGUCACAGCUGGACACCUCAGCAUAGAGAUGAACCCCACUGUGGGCAUCGCUGUCAUCCUGACAGUCCUCCAGGCUGCCCACUGCCAGAUGAUCAAGGACCUGAGUGCCUGCUUGCUGGGCCAGAGCCUGCGGGUGGACUGCCGUUAUGACAACAAAACCAGCAACCCCCUGACCUACGAGUUCAGCAUCACCAAGGACAACAGGAAGCACGUCAUCUACAGCACCAUCAGCGUCUCCGAGAACGCCUACCGGCACCGAGCCAACAGCACCAUGCACAAGAACCUGGUGUGCCUCUACCUGCAGGGCUUCACCACCAGUGAUGAGGGUGUCUACACCUGCGAGCUGAAGGCCACCAACGACUACACCGGCAACCAGAUAAAGAACAUCACUGUCAUCAAAGACAAACUGGAGAAAUGCGCCGGCUUCAGCCUCUUGAUCCAGAACACCUCGUGGCUCCUGCUGCUCCUCCUUUCCCUGCCUCUCCUGCAAGCCGUGGACUUCGUGUCCCUGUGAAGAGCAAAGCACACACGCACACACACACGCGCGCACACACACACACGCACGCACACACCGAGUACCCCAGCGAACCCGCCUCCCCCGCCGGAACGCAGCCCUUGGAAAGAGAAGCUGAUCCAUUUGGAAGAAGUGAAACCUCUCUGUGUUAUCUCUAUAUAGCCGUAUAUCUAACGCUAACCGCCCCUCCCCAGCCCAGACCCACCCCCUCACGCACCCCAGCCCCGCUCCAAGCACGGGGGCGCCGCUGGGCAGCACCGCUCCCCCCACCGCACCUCCCCGCUCGCCAGGCUGGCUGGUUUGCUCAUACUGGGAGCACUGGAGCCUCACCACACCUCCCCUCCUCCCUCCCUCCCUUGCCCACUUCUCCCAUCCCUUUAAUUUUGGGGGGUUUGCCUGUUCUCGAGUGGGGAAGACAGCUGGAUUGGCAGGUAAGAGAGGGAGGUGGUGUGAGAGCGUGGGGAGGGGUCUCCUUGCUGGGUGCUGUGCCCGCAGCCCCUGGAGGAGACGCGGCUGCCAGAGUCCCCAGCCCGCCCUGCUGGCCAGCCAGAUGACUUACUGAUUUCUCAGUCUGCUCCUCUUGCCCUGAGUCACCCCGAGCUGCCACACUCAGGAGCACGGGCUCAGGGCAAGUAGGGAAGAAAGGCAGCAGGGGUGGUGUGGGAUGAUGCUGGACCCGGCCAGGUUGGGAGGAGAGAGUGGAGCAGGUCUAGGAGACACCUGUCAAAUGUCCCUGCCUCCUUCAGGCUCUUUUGCAGCCCCAGGACAGGGAGCUCCUUGCAGAGGUGCUUUGGCAAUGAGUUUUUUCCUAAUCUCUUUGGUUUGUUGUUUGUUUUUUUUAUUUUACAGCUGAGCUGGAAGUGGGGCCUCCUCCAGACACUGUCUGGGUACCUUUGGGUUGCCUGAGCCAGAGACACCACUUGCUGUCCCCAGGGACCAGCCCUUAGCUGUGACGAGAGAAUUGCUGCCAGCACCCGCUGGCAGUGCAGGCAGAGCCUCUCUGAGCUGACCACAGCCCUGCCUUCACCCCUGCUCCCCUCCUUCAGGACCCCGGAGCUGGAUCCAGGCAGGCUGGGAGGGAGGGAGCUUCCCAGUGGGAGUGUGAUCCCAAGGUCUCUGCAGGGAUCUGUUGAGGAAACAUCUGGGAGCCUUGAUCCUUCCUCAUGGCACACAUCCCCCUGCCUGGCCCUGGCUGGGCUCAGCAGCCUUCCCUCAGGGCAGUCUUCCAUCAGUCCCACCAUGGUGCUGGGAGAAGCCCGUGUGCCCCCUCCUUUCUCCCUCCUCAUUUCCCCAUCCCCACUUAAGAGCAGAAGAGGAUCUAAGUGCAGCCCAGCCCUUGGUCUCUGCCUCAGUAAGUCCAGGACCUCCCCAGGGUUCAACAAGAGCUGGGAGAGGGAUGCUGAGCACAGCCCCACACCCACCACCCCUGGCCUUGCCUGAUACCCCACAGAACCCCAGGGGAGAGCAGGAGAAGAUGCAGGCAGGAGCAUCCACACCCACGAGGUGAACCCCAACCAUUCUGAGCACCCUCUGCAGCCUGGGCUGUACCCAGGGGCUGAGAGCCCCUCACAGCAGCUGCUCCCCUCUCCUUGCCCUCCUUCUCCAGGCACCACCAGCUGCCUCCUGCUCCCGUGCCCCUUCCCUGCCUGCUUGCUUGCUGUCUAGUGCUGCUGAGCCCGCAUCUAAGCUGAGGUCUGGCUGCUCCCUGGGCUUGCUGGUGAGCACUGGGGCAGGUGCAGAGCCCAGCAGGCAGAGCACAGAUACGUCUCCAAGUCUCAUUUAUUUUUGUUUUAUUCUAUUUUGGGGGGGGGUGAACAUUUGUAGUUGUUUCCACAGCUUGUCGUAUAAACCCAGAUUCUGUUAAGGGGGACAAAAGGAAAACAACAAAAAAAAGGGAAAAAAGCAAAAAAAAAAAAAGCAACAACAACGACGAAAAAAGGCAACGACAACAACAAAACUCUAUCCUCCAGGAGUGUUCCUCUGUCUGCACAAUAAAACCCUAGGUUGUGUGUUGGA